UGCGCAUGCUCGAGGCCGCAUUCUCAUUCACGCAGGCAUCAUGGCGGACGUGUUGGAUCUUCAUGAAGCGGGAGGGGAAGACUUUCCUAUGGACGAAGAUGAGAGCAUUCACAAGCUAAAAGAGAAGGCCAAGAAGAGAAAGGGUCGUGGGUUCGGAUCAGAGGAGGGAGCAAGAUCUAGAGUCAGAGAGGACUAUGACACAGUAGAACAGGACGGAGAUGAGCCUGGACCACAGAGAUCUGUUGAAGGAUGGAUUCUUUUUGUGACUGGUGUACAUGAGGAGGCGACUGAAGAGGACGUCCACGACAAGUUUGCAGAGUUUGGAGAAAUCAAGAACUUGCAUUUGAAUUUGGACAGAAGAACAGGUUACCUUAAGGGCUAUGCACUGGUGGAGUAUGAGACCUACAAAGAAGCCCAGGCAGCGAUGGAAGGGCUGAAUGGCCAAGAACUUAUGGGGCAACCAAUCAGUGUCGACUGGGGCUUUGUAAGAGGACCCCCUAAGAGCAAGAGGAGGGGUGGAAGGCGGCGCAGCAGGAGCCCUGACAGACGGCGACGUUGAUUUUCCCUUAUUUCCCACCAGUGUCCGUUUCCCAGCCUGUCGCUUUAUAAUUUCAAGACAGUUUGGUGUUCGAAUGGAGUGUGUGUGAAUUUCUCAAAAUAAGGAUUUUAGUGUUGCCCUGGUCAGAGAGGUUUUUUUUCUUAACUGUUAGUAACUUUUGAAGAAUGCAGAAUACUGCUGAAGCAUAUGUGUUUGAUUUUAUGUAGUUUUUCUUUUUGUACAAAGUGGCAGUACAUGUAAUUCUCUCAUUGGAAUCUGUGUCAUGAUUAGUGAUUUGUACACUUCCAAUAAAUUAAUUUGGAUUUA